CCCGGGGCGUCCGCUGGCCCCGCGGAACCCGCAGAGUCCGGAGAGCCCGCCGAGGCCUCAGGGUCCCAGGGGCCCGCGGCAGCCGGCGAUGGCCCUCAGCCCGAAGGUGGUGAAGUUCGCGAGGACCCCGAAGAGGACUCGGAAGAUACUUCCACCAUCAGCUGCGGCGUCUGCUGUUACCACCGCUUACAACUUCGACUCCAGCGCAGGGGAGGCUUCGUCCGUGCGGCGCUGUUUUGGGAUGCGCGCCGUGGUCUGGCUUGGCUCCCCUUCGGCAGCUCCUUCUUCGCGGCCAUGAAGCGGCAGAACGUGCGUACCCUGUCCCUGAUCGCCUGCACCUUCACCUACCUGCUGGUGGGUGCCGCGGUGUUCGACGCCCUCGAGUCCGACCACGAGAUGCGCGAAGAGGAGAAACUUAAGGCCGAAGAAGUCCGCCUCAGAGGCAAGUACAACAUCAGCUCCGAUGACUACCAGCAGCUGGAGCUGGUCAUCCUGCAGUCCGAGCCCCAUCGCGCUGGUGUCCAGUGGAAAUUCGCCGGGUCCUUCUACUUCGCCAUCACCGUCAUCACAACCAUAGGAUAUGGACAUGCUGCGCCCGGAACCGACGCUGGAAAGGCCUUCUGUAUGUUCUACGCUGUGCUCGGCAUCCCUCUGACGCUGGUUAUGUUCCAGAGCCUGGGCGAGCGAAUGAAUACCUUCGUGCGCUACGUGCUCAAGCGUAUCAAGAAAUGCUGCGGCAUGCGCAACACCGAAGUUUCUAUGGAGAACAUGGUGACCGUCGGCUUCUUCUCCUGCAUGGGUACUCUGUGCCUCGGGGCGGCUGCCUUCUCCCAGUGUGAGGAUUGGAGCUUCUUCCACGCCUACUACUACUGCUUCAUUACACUGACUACUAUUGGAUUCGGCGACUUUGUGGCCCUGCAGUCCAAGGGUGCACUCCAGAGGAAGCCAUUCUACGUGGCCUUCAGCUUCAUGUAUAUCCUGGUGGGCCUGACCGUCAUCGGAGCUUUCCUCAAUCUCGUGGUCCUGCGAUUCCUGACCAUGAAUACCGACGAGGAGCUUCUGGAGGGAGAAGUUGGCCAGAUUCUUGCUGGAAACCCAAACAGCGUGGUCGUCCGUGUGCCGAGCAGCCGCGGAAGGCACCUGUCCGGAUCUUUCUGGAAGAAGUACGGCAGAACCCUCUGCUAUCUCUGCUUCCCGAAUGUCGCCGCGCUCCAGGAUGAUGAUGACGCUGUUGCUGUUGCUGCUCCUGCUGGUGCCAACGUCAGCAAUGUCCGGGCUACUGUCCACUCCGUUUCCUGCAGGGUUGAAGAGAUUCCUCCCAGCGUGCUGAAGAACAGCUUCCUACGGCCCCCAUUCGGCGCCCUGCCUCAUGGAAUGCACACCUGCCGGGAGAACCACAGGCUGACUCUCCGACGCAAGUCCAUCUAAGCGUGGGGCCGGAAGUAGGCGGAAGAGUCAUUUGUCAUUCAGAUGUAAGUUUCAUUGUCCCAACUCCUCUUUCCCUCCUUAUUUAUUAUUAUUAUUCUCUUUUUUUGUGAUUACAGUCAUCACCAUUCCUUUCUCUCUUCCCUCCUCUCCUGGUUUCAUGUCUUUCCUGCCUUUCCAGCCAGGCAGAGCUGUCCAAAGGGAAACUAGAGGCCCAUCCUCUCUGAAACUCGCACCUGAGCAUGAAGCAUGGAUUCCUUCCUUUCUCCCCAGCAGAGUUAUGCCUUACAUUUCUCCCCACCCUGCCUCCUCUCUCUGGGGUGGCUUUCCUAGGACAGGUGUGAGAACAAGAGCACCAAGACAGAGCUGAGAGGAUGCCCAACCCGAAGCCUUUGACUGCCUAACCCGUAGCGCUGUCUCUGACCUAACUCCUCUCUUCUUCCCCAAGGACUGGGUGGCUGUGUGUAUGCAUGUGUAACAUAGGUGUGCGUGCCUCUGUGUGCAGGUGUGUUGUGCGACAAGGUGGAAAGGAUCAGGUACUCACUCCCCCCUUUUCACUCAUGCAAUUCCAUUAACAGUCUCCUGGAGGCUGCUUCCUAACAAACUAAACACUGCAAGGUUUAAUGUAUCGCCUUGCCAAAUUGAGCACAUCCAACAAAAGCACUUUUGACCCGACAUGUUAUCAGAUGGCCAUAGUUUCAAUUGGCCAGCUUCUAAAUCUCAUUCACUUCUCAUUUAGGGUGUAGGUAGGCAAGACCACAGGGAUCAGGUUAAGUUGCCAGUUUAAAAUUAAAUCUUAAGAAGCAUGCACUUUGUGGAACCGGUAUGCACCACUGACACAAGAAAGCGAAGGUCCGCAAAGGGGUAGUCAAAAGCCACUCGUGUCAAGGUACUCAAGAGCAUUUUUAAUUUCGGCAUUUCCAGUUCCAACAGUUUUCCCUGCAGCUGGAGUUGUCAGGGUAAACAGGGAACUUGUUGGGACCCAAGAGUAUCUAUUUUAUUAUUUCCCUCUUCCUAACGAUGAUGACUGUGACGAUGAUGGCUCCGAAGCCUCCACCGGCAUGGAUAAGAAUCCUAGUUUUGGAAUGCUUGGAUGAGAAUGGGUAUCAGAAUGGUGAUGUGUUUUCUUUUCCUAAUGAGAAAGCGACAGGGCAUUCCUUGUUAAAAUAUAUAUAGAGAGAUAUAUAUUUCAGGAAAGAGUGUCUCUAAAUGCAUUUGAUCUGUAAAUAGGGAGAAGUUCACGUUGGUCUCAGGAAGAGUUUUAGAGGCUGUAUCUUUGCCUAGUGAGAACUUGUCAAUCUCAGGGGAUGCUUUUGUCUAGGUAGUGGAGAUGGCCCCUUAGGGAACGGUUUAGGCUAAAGAAUAUGGCACAUCGUAUGUAGGCCCUUUCAAUUACAGGAGUCCGAGGGCAGCUCGGCCUCCACAUUCACUGAGGGACUCUAAUUUCUCUCAUCGCCAUCCCUGCCAUCUCUAAAAGUCACUCAUCCACUCAUCCUCCCACUCCUUCUUCGUAUACUGGAAGUUCCUGGCUUUUGGAUGGAAAUGGCCUUUGGCUACACUACGCACGCACAAGGAACGCACUUACUGGUCUUCAAGAUUUCUUAAAGGACACAGCAUCCAAAUGCCACCAGUCCCAAGCAUGUGUGCCAUUGGGCUGAAACCAGGAGCAUCCAGGACUCCUCUGGAAAGUCAAUGUGUGCACUUAACGCUCCACCCCAUGUUGAAAUACCCCCUUCGCCUAGGACACGGGACCUUCAAAAGGAGUCUGUGAACCUUAGACUCUCUUGGCCAAAGUUGACGUAUUCAAACUUCAAGGUCUUUAUCAGUUCACUUGUUUGAGAUUUUGUUGUGUGGAAUGCCCUGCACGGGGCUCUCAAGUCUGUCCAGAGAAUAGAAGCAAUCACUCUUCUUGAAUGUUUUUGCUCUGCAAAGAGAUUGUUGGCUCUUUUGGGUCACAGACGUGACAGUCCUGAUGCCUAUAUGCAGAGUACUUUAUGCCUCGGAGGAGGCUUCCUGGAACACAUGUAGGAACUUCCCCCUGAAACUGUUGUAAGAUUUGCCCUCAAAUGGUGGUGGUGGGGGGUAUGUGUGAUCACCUUUGAUCUGUACAUUGCGCUGAGGCACCGAGAGAACCAAGGAUCCACUCUCAGUCCCUACCCAGAAGGGUCCAGAAGGUGGACUCCCUGACACAAAGGUGUCCUGACUCGGCCCUCCAGUGGAAGAGGAAACUUGCUUGGUGUCUCCACAGGGCCAAACAUUAGGCCUAGGGUUGAUGCCAGAGGGACAUAGGUUUAGUCUAUCUUCAGAGCUGGCUUCUCACUCAUGUGUAUCUGUACAAAGUGGUCACACUGUGACCAUUGUUGCAGGAAGGAUUUAAUGACAGGGAGAUACUCUUCUUUCUGGAGAAACAUAGACAACACCUUCUACACUCUCACAGACGUGACACUCCCUUCUGCAAGGUAAAGGGCUAUAGAAUGAGUUCUCUUUCCUCCUCACAUGAUGACCACUGAUGGAAGCAACUGAAGCAACUUGUACUUGGUCAUGGUUCUUGAAACCCUCCCAUGUCUUUGGCUACUUAUUGCCAGUUCAGCCUUGGAAGAAAGGGCACCAAGAUGUCUCUUGCAAGCUUAACAUAAGAGCAUUGAGGGAGGGAAUGAAUCUAGGCUUAUCUCCCUGUGAGUGGUUCUUCUCCAAUGGCCCAUUUGUCCUUGCAUGGGAUCUGGUGAGACUGUUCUCUGAACAUAUCUAGUGAUGAGCUGCCUUGGGGUGAGGGCAGGGAGAAGUCAAGUGCAAGAUGGGUGUGGGCCAUCUCUACAAAAAGCCCACCAAUAGAGGCCAAGGGCCUCCAUGCAGGGGGAGCACCACUGACUCCCUUAUUUUCAGAGGAGGAGACAGAGAUUCAGGAGGGUCAACAUAUCUGAGGUCAUGUGUCCAGAAUAUAGGUCUUCAUCCUUCCUUUUGCCGUUGUCCUAGCUGCUUUGUUGCUGUUUCGCACAGCAUUCCAAAGAUCCCCUAUUGCUGGAUGUUAUUGUGUCCCUGGCCAAGGCCUCUUUCCCUCUCUCAUGCUCUUGGCAACUUCUUUCAGCCAAGUGAUUAUUGUACCUUUCCCUCCAGUUAACCAAACCCCUUCAACAGACCUCAUGUUAGGUUGCUUGCAUAAAAGAUUCAGCUUCAGGAACUGGAGGCUAGCUGGCUGUCCAGUGCCUGGAAGUCAAUUUGCCUUGUAUAUACUUAAGAAGAUAUCUGACUCACUUGAACUCUUCACUAAGUGAUCUCCAUCUUUACUUCAUCAAAGACAGGAAGAAGUAGGCAAUGAUAUGGAGUAACCCAGGGCUCUGGGCUUGCUGAUUUCUAGUGUUCACCCUAUUUUGAUCCUUAAAGGUACCCAUACCCAGAAGAAGGUGCUGUCUCACCCAUCAGCCUGUUAGACUUUGAACAGCAGAGGGAACUUCCCUCCCAGGGUUUUGAGAUAUUCUGUUAGCUCCCAAACUGGAACCAGAUCUGUUCUUUCUUGAUCACCCCACCCAGUUUCAAGGCCAAUGCAGCAGCCUCCAAGACCAGAAAUCCCAUGAUCCAAAUGCAAUCAAUCACUCUCUUCUUAAGGCUGUGAGAGUUCAUGGUGGGUGAUUGACUGACUGUCAUGGGUGCCAGAAGCAUUCAACAUGGCUUUAGCAGAUGGGUGGACACGUAUGUUCUCUGUGCACCUUAUUGAGAAGACAUCUGGAGAGCGGAUAAGCUGAAAUAGAUCAUUUUUAAGCAAUUUCAUCCAGAUAUAAAAGCUGCGCAGACCUUGACUUCCAGUGCCAUUCUAUUGCAGCUGGAAUCUAGAGGGGUUAAGGUUCCUCAGAAAUCUUUCUUGUCUGCAUGUUUUGAGAGAAAGAAAGAUCAGAAAAUGAUGACCCAUCAUGGAGGCUCCCAGCCUCACCUCCAUAUAUUCUUUCCAAAAUAAUAAGUCCUAAGUCAGAAACUCUUUGAGAGUGUCCAUAGGAAUGUGAGAUCUGAGAUGCAUGCUGGAAUGUGUCCAUUCUACCAGCUCCAAGCUUUCCAGAAUCUGUGAAUUGUGACUUAGUUCUGAAAGUAGUUUGACUUUAUCUGAGAUGCAUUUCCCCCAGAGCCAAGGUCUUUUCAGGAUGCAAAAGACAUCCUAGAUGAGGAAAGAGUGGUAGGGCAGGGAUUAGUUCAUCUGUCUUGCCUCAAUGGGCUUUUGGAAGUCAUUUCACUCCUUGAGCCUCUGUAGCUUUCUCUUUAACUGGAUGGUACAGUUUACGGGCACUUAGCACAAGAUGAGCUUGACUCACAAGAACUUUUGGCUUGGAUUAUCUGCUCACAUUUGAAGUUUGAGCCACCAAAAAGAAAAAGAAAAAGAAAAAAAAACAGCCAAAAUUAUGGCAGGAGAUGGAGGGCUGGAAAGAUGAAGAGACACAAGUGCUGGUAUAGAGCAUUGGUAGUUAUGUGGACCAUGAGUGUAAUGCACCAUGGGUUCCCUAAAGUGCUAGGCUUAGGUUGACUUUCUGUGGUCACAUAUUGACCACAUGUUGGUAGAGGUUGCUGAUUCAGGAAAACAAAUGUCUAUGAUCACAAUUUGCCUGACACCAACUUUGAAAAAAAACAAAAACAAAAACAAAACAUCCCAAGGGUGACAGAAAAGUUCAUUGACCAGCACCAUGGGUUUUCCUUUACUUCUCAGUACCCCCGUCAACACUGAGAUGGUUGGAAGAUGAAUUGUCUUGCUGUCUACAGCUUUGAGGUGGUUCAGCCAAAGAUAACAUUGUAUAUCUCCCAUUAAAAGUGCAUUCUCUUACAUAGCAGUGCCAUUGUUACACCUAAGAAACUUAGAGUAAGAAUAUCUAACAUAGUAAUAUAAUCUGUAUAAAGAAUUCCCCUAGUGUCCCAAAAAUGUCCUACUGAGCUUGUUUGUGAACUUAAGAUGCCAUCCAAGAUCACACCCCACACCUGCUUGUCUUGUUGUUCCUCAACCCCCCAAUUGAGGGCAUCACCCUCACUGUGUUUGUGUCUCUUGAUAAGUGAUAUUUUUUGAGGACCCCACGCCCGUAGUCUUGUAGAAUGCCCACGAUCUGCUGUCGUCUGCUUGUUUCCUUGGGUUGAGAAACUGUUGACAAGAAAAUGAUGUAGUUGAUGUUGUUUAGCCCUGAUUUAUGCAUUUGAUGUUUGUCUAUCUGGGGACCUCUGUGGUUACUGCUUUUGUUGUGAAUAAAUAAGUCAUAUUAAAUGUUGUUUUCCUCUGUUAGGGGACCUAACUGCAUCUUCAAGAGAGGCGUCCAUGGAUGCUGGGUCUCACUGUGAAGCCCAAGCAGGCUUCGGAUUUCUGACCUCUCCCGGGACCUCUUCCAGGAGGGGCGAGUGUCAGCACCCCUUCCCCUAAACACCUGUGGGAAUGGCCCAGCUAUACCUAGACAGAAGGUUCAGAGACAUGCCCCUUGUAGGGUUCCUUGCCUGCAAAUCUGCUGGGCCACUUUGGCUCCUAGCAGCAACCUCAUGAGUGGCGAUGACCACCACAGGAUCUCCUCAUUCACUACUAUAGAAGUGUGACUUGUUAUCAUGUCACUGCCCUGCCCAUCAAAGGCUAGCAUUUGUUCUUUCUGUCUUUGAGAUCUUUGCUCUGGCAUGAUCUAGAGCACACUCCUUUCCCUUCCAACCCACAACACAUACCUGCCAUUGCUGUGUGACCUUUGCCCUCUUGGAGGGUCUCCCUGUUGCUCAGCAGCAUGGAGGAAGAGGUGGAACGUCUUGGCCCUUC